AUGGUUUUUCUCCUGGCGGUCCUCUGGCCCUUCGUGAAAACCGACGUGGAGGGCGUUGACCAGAGUUCGCAGAACUCGCCAGUUGGCGUGCUUGUGGAGCACGGCGGGAGUGAGAAUGGAGUGGAGAGGUCGGGAGGGUGGACGGACGCGACGCAGGGUGAGGCGCCGGGGGCUCAGACCCUGCUGCCUGAACCCAGUUUUGAACGCGUUUCUUCCGCAAGUGCGCUCGAAAAGAGACAGGCCGAGGCCGGUCCCUCCACACAAGUUGCAGGAGUCACAGACCAGAACUCGCCACUGGUCCGUGUCCUCCUGCCGCGCCUGAGAAGGCGGAAGAGUAGCGCGGAUCCGUACAGGGACCUGCUUGCUGCUGGCUUGGCGGGGCUCCACGGCGGGCAUCCAGUGAAGCGAAAAACUGGAGCGGUCCGAUCGACGAGCCCGAGGGGCCGAAGGGUGGAAACUGUCGGACAGUUUGCAGUCGUUUUCGCUGCGUUGCUGCUCGUCUCGGUCGUCUCUCUGAAGCUCGCCACGAUCGUUCGUGUGGAAGCCGAGCUGGAGCAGCGAGGCGGUGCCCUAGUCGACGCUUUCGUGGAUGCCUUUCCCGACCGAGGAACGGCGGCAAGUCUCCUGGUUCGGCUCCUCCGAGAGCUCCACACCCAAGGAUCCCUGAUUGCGCGACUCGAUAAAGCGUUCUGGCGCGCGUACGAGGCCCUCCCUCGGCUGACGCAGGCCGUCGAGAAGGUGUUCGGCGCUCUGCUUCCUCGGCAGGCGCUGUUCGCCGUUGCCGCUGUCUCCGCGCUCAUCUUCACCGUCGCUGCCUACUUUCUGCGCCUCCUCACGCCGCAGCGGUUCCUGCCCCGAGUCAGGACGUGGGGCGUGUUCGUAGGUCUGAUGCUCAGCACUGCCCCGUUUGCCUUGCUGGCCUUCGACUUGCGGAGAGGCGUGUUCCGGAACAAGCUGGAAGUGAUCCUGCGGCUCUGGACAGCUGGCAAGAACCACUUGCUGCUGCGGAGCAUGAGUCUCGUCGCCUUCCUCUACGGACCGGCCAGCCUGAAACAGGCACUGUCCUUCUUCGUCAUGGAUGUUGCGUUGACCGUCUCCCUCCUCUCGACUGUCUACGGCUCUGUCUACUCAAGAAAAAACUUUGAACCCGAGCUGGCUUCUGUGCCCAAACGUCCGAGGAGGAAGUCACGAGAGCCCCGCCCGACGGCUCCGUUGCCCCCUCGUAAAUAA